AUGUCAGAUAAGGACAUAGACACCGUGAAGGUAGGCGAUAUAGCUUCUAAGGAGAUGGAAAAUCAAGAUACAGAACAAUCACAGAAGAGAGGUGGGUCCGAUGAUGAAAAAAAUGUAUUUAAGCGUCAGAAGGUGGUUGUGCCAGAGGGUAUGACCAAACGAGAAUACAAGAGACAAUUGAAGCAGCAACGAUGGGAAGAAACCAAGGAUGAAUACAAACAGAAAAAGAGAGAAAAGAAGAAGGCAGCUAGAGAACGUCGUAAGGAGCGUAUAAAGGAGGCAGAAGCUAAUGGAGAAAAUAGCGAAGAGCUGCACAACUACCAUCAGAUGAAGAGAGCCAAAGUGGCACCGCAAGAGCAAAUCAGCACCGACGUGAAGAUAAUAAUGGACUGCGAAUUCGAUGCGCUUAUGAAUGACAAGGAGAUCGUAUCCUUGUCAAACCAAAUUACCAGAUCAUACUCGGCAAAGAAACACAGCACCUAUGACGUGCAAUUGGACAUCGCAUCGUUCAACAAGAACUUGAAAAAACGAUUUGAAAAGGCAAUACCACAGUACGACAAGUGGACCAACGUAACGUUUGUCGAAAACGAUAAAUUGGAAGAUAUCUUGCCAAUGAACGACAAAGAGGCCCUCAGCAAGUACGUAUAUUUGACGGCCGACACCGACGAGGUCAUCGACACCCUCGAGCCACAUCACACAUAUAUAAUUGGAGGCAUUGUGGACAAAAAUAGAUACAAAAACUUGUGCCUCAACAAGGCCCAAUCGCUUGGCCUUAAAAUCGGUAGAUUACCCAUCGACAAGUUCAUUAAAAUGAACGGGAGACAGGUUCUUGCCACAUCACACGUAUUUGAAUUGUGCUGCAAGUGGUUCGAAAACGACAAGGACUGGGGAAAGGCUUUCAAUGAGGUUCUUCCCCCCAGGAAAGUAAAGGGCAAGCUCACGCACGAGCCCGAGCCCGAACCCGAAACUUCUGAGCUAUCCGAACUGCAUGAACACAAUGGACCAUCUAAUCCAUCCGGCGAACCAUCUGUGUCGUCUGAACAGUCAGAUGAACCAACCCAACUUGCAGACAACUAG